UCGGUACAUAAAAGUAUCGGCGACGUGGGUACGUAUAUACGUAUUUCGUAUUUAUGAGCCAAUGUGUCUUUUUAUUUUUGGGACCGGCCAAAGCUUUGAAGCACCCAAAGUCAACAAUCGGCGGAUCUUAUCCUACUCAGCCAACUCAGCCUUAUUCGUCAACACCACCACCACUUUUUAAGGCCACGACACCCAUUUCAUCCAGCACCGACAUUAAAUGUGACGAGAUUAACGUAACGGCGAAUAACGGCCUUCUUCGCCGACCUCCUUCCACCCUACCAAGGAGAGCAAUGCCCUAAGUUGCGAAGAUGCCGACCGCCGCGACAUCCUCCCACCUCUCCAACGCCGAGACCUUGUUCCUUACUGGCCUCGCCUUGGCCUGCGCCACCGUCCUUGUACGAACCUUUGAGGGUGAAGGUGAACCUCUGGUCGCAUCUCUGGCUCUUAGUGGCCUCGCAUUCGCCGCUAGCUAUGCUAUGAUACGAUGGCUUGGUCCUACCUUCAUCAAGGCUGGAUUGAAGGGUCGCGACUUAUCCAAGGUGAACAACAGCCAUUACAUCCCGGAAUGCAUGGGUGGCAUUUGCGCCGUGGUCUACAUACUCAUCAUCAUCAUCUUUAUUCCGUUCCCGUUUUACAAGGACAUUGUGGUCGCUACUAGUGGUGGUGGAAACCGUGAUGUAGUAAUGAACGCAGAGUUUGUUCAGAAGGGAAGAUUACUUCACAAGUUCCCGCAUAGCAAGCUGGCUUCCUAUCUCUCUGCGAUCAUAUCACUCCAAUCAAUCACUCUCCUUGGUAUCGGCGACGACCUAUUCGAUAUCCGCUGGCGGCACAAAUUCUUCAUUCCAGCAUUCGCUUCGAUCCCGCUCCUAGUCAUCUACUUCAUCGAUUUCGGUGUCACCUCGAUUGUACUCCCUACCUUCCUCCAACCCUACGUCGGUCGCGAGCUAUUCGACCUCGGUAUCCUCUACUAUGGAUACAUGUCAGCAUUCUCCAUCUUCAGUCCCAACAGCAUCAACAUCCUCGCCGGAAUCAAUGGAAUCGAAGUUAGCCAGAGUAUCGUUAUCGCCCUACUCUUAGCAUUCAACGAUGCCCUCUACCUACUCACACCAUACCCUCAUCCAGCGACCGACUCCCACUUAUUCUCCCUCUACUUCCUCCUACCAUUCCUGGGUGUCAGCUUCGCGCUGCUAAUUCACAAUUGGUACCCCGCCCGUGUCUUUCCCGGAGACACCUACUGUUACUUUGCCGGCAUGGUGUUCGUGGUGGUUAGUAUCCUAGGCCAUUUUUCGAAGACCCUGAUUCUCUUGCUGGUACCUCAGAUCUUCAAUUUCGUCUACAGCACACCUCAGCUAUUCGGACUGAUUCCGUGCCCGCGUCACCGCCUGCCGCACUUCAGCGCGCGAACUGGAUUACUCGAGCCUAGCGUAACGAAGUGGGAGAAGGAUAAGCAACCCCGCCCUAUCAUCGAUAAGGCCCUACGAUUAUUAGCGCAGUUCAAGCUCUUACGUCUCAAGGAAGACGAGCAAGGCCGCAUUGAAGAGACGAGCAACUUCACGAUUCUCAACCUCUGGCUAGUCUGGCGAGGUCCAAUGCGUGAGGACCGACUGGCUAUGGAGAUCACAAUCAUGCAGGCAGCACUAGGCCUUUUUGGCCUAUUCGUCAGACACCGUCUGGCUCUUCUGAUCUUUAGGGAAGAUAACCUAAAUAUUGGAAGCACCGUCUAGCCAUAAAAGCUGGAUUUGCCUGGAUUAUUCAUCCAAAGAUACCCCUUUGCAAUGUACAAGAAAAAAAAUAGAACGCGAGUUGACAUGUGGUUUCGCAGCCGAGCCACAUUGUAUAUAAUCGCAUACACAUGAAUAAACGCGAGACCCGGUACGCCGCAGGUCGCUGAUUUAUGAAAGACCAUCAAUGUGUCCUUUAGUAAA